AUGUAUUUGAAUAUUUAUACAGGCGUGCAUGCGCUGUGGACUGGUGUGUGCCAGGCGGCCAUGCAGCACUACCCUGCAGCCUGGGGCCACUACGAUGUGUGCAAGUCCCAGGUUUACUCAGACGAAGGCCUGACCUGGGACUACAUGGCCUGCCAGCCAGAGGCGGCAGACAUGACCCAGUACCUGAAGGUUACUCUGGACCCCCCCAACAUCACCUGUGGGGACCCUCCAGAGACGUACUGUGCCCUGGAGAACCCGUACAUGUGUAAUAAUGAAUGUGACGCCAGCACCGAGGAGCUCGCCCACCCUCCAGAGCUCAUGUUCGACAUUGAGGGCCGUAACCCCACAACCUUCUGGCAGUCCACGUCCUGGAAGAAGUACCCCAAGGCCCUCCUGGUCAACAUCACGCUGUCUUGGAACAAGACCAUCGAGCUGACUGACGACAUCGUGCUCACCUUUGAGUCAGGCCGGCCCGAACAGAUGGUCCUAGAAAAGUCGCUAGACUACGGGCGGACCUGGCAGCCCUACCAGUUCUAUGCCACUGACUGCCUGGACGCCUUCACCAUGGAGCCCAAGACGGUGCAGGACCUGACUCAGCACACCCUCCUGGACAUCAUCUGCACUGAGGAGUAUUCUCGAGGCUACGUGUGGAAGUAUGACAAAACCGUGCGGUUUGAGAUCAAGGACCGGUUCGCGCUGUUCGCCGGGCCCCGGCUCCACAACAUGGCCUCGCUUUACGGACAGCUGGACACCACCAAGAACCUGAGGGACUUCUUUACCAUUACCGACCUGAGAGUCCGCCUGCUCCGGCCGGCCACUGGAGCCACCAUGGUGGAUGAGAACAACCUGUCCAGAUACUUCUACGCUAUUUCUGACAUCAAAGUUCAGGGCAGGUGCAAGUGCAAUCUUCACGCCAACAGCUGCGUGUACGACAAAGAGAAGUUGAGCUGCGAGUGCGAACACAACACCACCGGACCCGACUGCGGUCGCUGUAAGAGGAACUACCAGGGCCGAGCGUGGAGCGCCGGCUCCUACCUGCCCAUCCCCAAGGGCACGGCUAAUAUCUGUGAUCCUAGUAUAAACUUUAUUGGAAACUGCGAAUGCUUCGGCCACUCCAACCGAUGCAGCUACAUCGAGCUGCUAAACACCGUCAUUUGCGUGAGCUGUAAGCACAACACUAGGGGCCAGCACUGCCAGCUAUGCAAGCUGGGCUACUACCGCAAUGCCUCAGCAGAACUGGACGAUGAAAAUGUGUGCAUAGAGUGUAAUUGUAAUCCCUUUGGCUCAGUCAGUGAUCGCUGUAAUGGCACAGGAUUUUGUAUAUGUAAGGAGGGCACUACAGGGCCUAAGUGUCAGGAGUGUCUACCCGGCUAUUUGUGGGACGAUGGCUGCAAAUCCCGGGUGUGCGACAACGAGCUCCUGCGCUGUCAAAAUGGCGGAGUGUGCGUCAACAACGUCCGCUGCAACUGUCCUUCAGCCUACACGGGCCUGCUGUGCGAGAAGCCCCGCUGCGAGUCGGAGCUGGGCGGCUGCGGGGGCCCCGACUCGGGCCAGGCCCCCCUGACGCCUCCGUCCACCUCCGGGCUGCUGAUGCUGCUGAUGCUGGGCUCGGCACUGCUGACAGAGGCCUCCUGCUGGCCCGCCGUGCUCUGAAGAGACCCGUUACCUGGUGGGAGUGACACGCUUCCCGCCGCCUCCACCUUAAACCCUCCCAUCCCUCCUUUCAAAUAAUCAACACCCAUUUAAAAAAAAAAAAAAAAAAAAAGAACAACCAUGAGCUUUCUGGACUGUAAUGUACUGAGCUUCUCCGCCGCCAGACUCAAUGGACACUCGCGCUGACAAUAAAGGGAAUGUGCCAGACAAAUGAGUGCAAAAAAAACUUUUCAUCUAAUUUCAAAGAAUAUAUAGAAAUGAAAAAAAAACAUAUACUUCUAAAAAAGCCAGAUAUUAUUUAAAAGAUAUGAGUAAGUGAGCGUUUGCCUAUUAAGAGUAAAAUGAGCAGAGAACAGUGAGUCCCCCUCCUCCCCCUCUAAGCCAUACCAGGUACACGAGCUCCUUCCAGUUUGAGAAGGGAUAACCGAAGAUGACAGACUUGUUCACUUCCUCUCUUAUUGCCACGGCAACAACAGCUGCGACCAAUCAGCUCUCGCACGAGGCCGACGGUGGCCGCCCGAUCCCCCUCGGGAUGCUUCUGCGAGUUAAUGUUGGCUGGACUGACGCCGAAGAAAUCUCUCAACAAAAAAAACCAAACAAACAAAAAAAAAAAAAAAACUGUCCCCGCUGAAUGGCAAAGAACUGGAAACCGUUACACUUGGA